UCUUCCCAUUUCCACUCCAUGGAGAGAUGAAAUUACAUAGCAUUAUAUACUUGAAAGAAGCAUAGCCACCUAGCUAUGCUUAACUAGGUAGUUAAGCGAAGCUAUAGGAGGCGUUAAACAUAAAUAGGUACCUAGGUAUAUAUACCCAAACGCUUGAGAUAUCCAUUUCAUCACCAACACCAGACUCCAAACUCCAGAUUGUCAAUAACAGGUAAAUAAUAACUCGAUCUGGUAUAUUAUUUGAGGAGACGAAUUCUCCCUAAAUAAACGCUAAAAUGUUUCAACCACUAAAAAUUCGCGCCGAUUUGUUGUAUAAUUAUCGGGUUCGUAAUGUAUAGGAGGUACUCUUAUAAGAACACUGCCUAUCGGUCCAUUCAUCGUACGCCUGGGUUCUCUUAUUUCCCUGCCACCACGAGCUAAGUCUUAUCCCCAUGAGUGCUAGUGAGCCCCUUUUGGUCGCUCGCGAAUAUUUUCUUGCUUGCCGCUGUUGAUAAACUGCGCAAAGCGUAUUGCAAAACUGAUAGUAGAACGUUUGGUAUGACGUUUAGAGACGAUGUAUUCUUCUUGCAUGGCGAAGGUGGGAAAGGGAUGUGCCUGGCUUUUUAUAAAUGGUUUUAGAGCGUCAAGCCUUGGUCUGAUCUGCCUUAUAAGAGUGAGAGAGCUAGUCUCAUAUUUAUAUAUUUAUAUAUUGAUAGGUAUAUUGAUAUAUUCUUCACUUUACACGUUGUAUCUUUGCUUCCGCUUAGACGCAACUGAGAUUGGGGGCAGGCCAGCCCAGCCCUGUAGCGAUGAGAUCUGUUUGCUAACAAGUUCUCUGUAGAGAUGAGCCAAUAAGGAAUUCCGUGAGUGCUAAGAAUAGCUGUCGUCAUCAUCCGCGCACACGAUUCGGGAAACAUGAACUGGUGGUGAUACGCAAGCAACGCUUAUGUCAUUUUCAAAUAGUCGGUGAACGCGCUGCGACACUGUUUCGCGAUAGGUACAAGCAAGCUCAGCCUCAGCUGAAUGGCUCGAUCAUACCGCCUGUUCGACAUACUCUUCUAGAUCAUAAAGUUAUGGUUUCAAUCCGCCUCCAAUCAGGCAACACCUCGAACCACAGUAAUUUGCCUAUGGUUCCUUGGGUUGGGUAGUAUUGGUACAAUACAGGUUGCAACUUAAAUAUCCGAAUCAGGUUGGUUCCGCCGGGACUCUAAGCCAGUUAAUUAGUUAAUUAUACCAAUCGCGUCUAAGUAAGCUAGAACACGAUAUAGAUUCAAAGUGGGGUUAAAAUGGUGUU